CUCUAUGUUAUGAAAAAUGUGUAUGUAGGGUUCUUUGCAUCGACAAGAAGGUACAAGAAUGCCGACGUUAUAGAAGCUUGGGAGCUUGAGAUUGGACCACACAGGUACUCCUACCAAGAGCUCAAGAAAGCAACCAAAGGUUUCAAGGAUAAAGAACUGCUUGGACAAGGUGGAUUUGGGAGUGUCUACAAGGGAAAAUUGCCAAAUUCCAACACCCAAGUUGCUGUCAAGAGAAUCUCACAUGACUCAAAACAAGGCCUGAGGGAAUUUGUGUCAGAAAUAACCAGCAUAGGCAGGCUUCGCCACCGGAAUAUGGUUCAGCUUUUGGGGUGGUGUCGCCGGUGCGGUGACCUCCUCCUUGUGUAUGGUUUCAUGGCUAAUGGAAGCUUAGACAAGUACCUGUUUGAUGAACCAAAAAUAAUCCUUAGUUGGGAGCAAAGGUUUAAGGUGGUCAAGGAUGUUGCUUCUACCCUUUUGUAUAUGCAUGAGGGCUAUGAGCAGGUGGUGAUACAUAGAGAUGUGAAGGCUAGCAAUGUGCUACUAGAUGGAGAACUCAAUGUAAGACUAGGAGAUUUUGGAUUAGCAAGGUUGUAUGAACAUGGUGCUAACCCAAGUACCACAAGGGUAGUGGGGACAUUAGGGUAUUUGGAACCUGAGGUGCCUAGGACAGGGAAGGCCACAUCUAUCUCUCGGGAU